AUGAGCAAGCCCGGAGAUUUCGAAGCCGUCGCUGCAGACAUCAAGAAGCUACUACACCAACCUGAAUAUGAUGACGGUAGUGCUGGCCCGGUACUAGUACGUUUGGCCUGGCACAGCGCAGGCACAUAUUGCGCAGAAACCGACACUGGUGGUAGCAAUGGAGCAGGCAUGCGUUACGAGGCAGAAGGCGGCGAUGAAGCAAACGCAGGUCUUCAACACGCCCGCGUGUUCCUGGAACCUGUCAAAGAGAAGCACUCGUGGAUAUCAUAUGCCGACUUGUGGACAUUGGCCGCUGUCGUGGCCCUGAAAGAGAUGGGAGGUCCCCAGAUCAAGUGGCUCGCUGGCAGAACAGACUACGUCGACGACAGCAAACUUCCUCCUCGAGGUCGUCUUCCAGACGGAGCACAGGGUGCCGACCACAUUCGCUUCAUCUUCUACCGUAUGGGCUUUACCGAUCAAGAGAUAGUCGCACUCAGCGGAGCACACAACCUUGGGCGCAUGCACAUGGACAGAUCGGGCUUCCACGGCCCUUGGGUUCCCAACCCUACACGCUUCAGCAACACGUACUUCAAGAUCAUGACCGAUUAUGACUGGAAGGAGAAGACACUGGAGAAUGGCGUCAAGCAAUUCGUCUAUGUCGAUGAGGACCUCGAUGAGGAAUUGGCCAUGCUGCCAACCGACCUCGCGCUUGUCAAGGAUGAGUCGUUUGGCCCUUGGGUCCAGAAGUACGCCAAGGACAAGGAUCUCUUCUUCGAUCACUUUGCAAAAGCCUUUGGCAAGCUCUUGGAAUUGGGCAUUCAGAGAGACGCGAAUGGCAAUAUCAAAAACACAGACAACGUCAAGGGUGGUUACCAUGCCGCACCCAAGAAGUCGUCCAAGCCUGGCAAGCCGAGGACUGCCGGGGAUGGUAUUGCUGAGCCUUUGCAGGAGGAAAAUGCUCGCUUCAAGGCUAGACUGUAG